AUGGAAAACUUAAGUGCAGUUGUUAUUGAUAAUGGAUCGUAUAUGACAAAGGUUGGAUUUAGUGGGGAAGAAAGUCCAAAGGUUGAAGUUCGAACUGUGGUUGCGCAAUGGAAAACAGAAAUUCUUGGGUUGGAUAGACCGUCAUGCUAUGUCGGAGAAAAGGCAAUUGAAAUGAACAAGAAGGCUUCAAACAUACUAAAUAUGUCGAACCCAAUUUCCCAUGGCAAUGUGAGUGAUUGGGAAGCUUUAAAACUUUUAGAAAGAAUGAUCGCUCUUAUUGAUCUCCGCAUAGAACCUUCAGAGUAUAAUGUUUUUAUAACAGAACACCCCGACGCAACGAAGGCAUGCCGAGAGAAAAUGGCUGAAAUACUAUUAGAAUCAUAUCCUGUUGAAUACAAAGGAUUAAGUUUUGGGAUGUCUCCUGCAAUGUCACUGUAUGCUUCUGGAAAUACAAGUGGAGUGUCUAUAGACAGUGGAGAUGGGUGUACUUGGUGUGUUCCGGUGUAUGAAGGAGUGGUGCUACGUGAGGGAAUAAGACCGAUUAAAGUGAGUGGAAAUGACAUGACUGAAUACUUCAACAAAUUGAUUGCUGGCAAAGUGGCGGAGUACCCGGACCUUGCUGAUAUUAAUCUUGUCAGAGAAAUCAAAGAGAAAUUUGUGUAUCUUGCCAACGAUUAUGAAGAAGAGCUUAAGAAGCCAGAAGACCAAAUUGAAAAACAGUAUGAACUUCCUGAUGGUCGAAUAGUCAAAAUUGGGAAGGAAUGUUUCACAUGUGGAGAAAUGGUAUUCCACCCUCAGAUGGCGGGAAUUGAAGAAAAUGGCAUUCAUCAAGUCAUUAACGAAUCUAUCAAUAAAUGCGAUAUAUACACCAGAACGAUUUUGUAUGGAAAUAUUCUUUUGAGCGGAGGAACCUCAAUGGUAUUUAAUAAUAACACCAGGUUUGAAAUGGAGUUGAAGAAACUUGCACCAUCACAAAUCAUUAAGCGAAAUCACAUCGACAAUACAAUUAAUGCAAGUUGGAUUGGAGCUUCAAUUUUAACUUCUUUGACUUCAUUCCAAAAAAUGUGGGUAACUCGUGAAGAUUAUGAGGAAAAGGGCGUGGCUGUGUUCGGGAAUUUGACGUUGUAA